UCCAGUAGGUUUCUGAACAGGAGCAACAGUGGCCGUCUCCACGGUGGAGAAUAUAAUUAUAAUAAGUAAUCAGUUCAUAGCUAGUUCAGUGCAAUGGAUGUGCCCAAAGACCACAAGGGAUAACACGAAUUCGCAAUUUGAAUGUAGGAAUGUUACGUGUUGAGUGCUUAACAGCGGAUGUGUUCAGUUUUGAGUUUUGUGAUACCAGUGUGAAAGUCCAGUAAAAUGACGGAAUUUUUCGGUUCUUGGAGCGACAGCCACGACGUUGAGGAAGUGGAAGAAACUGUUGAAACAGUGACCACAACCACGACAAGGAGAAAAACUGUAGUUCCUGAUAAGUCGUCCAGUACAAAGACGACAACAAUGACGACGCCGGCCAAGCUUUAUGGACGCGAGCUGUCGGCGUACGAUGAGGUUGACGUUGAUGAGUUGCUGUCCAAGUUAUCACAAGAGGAACUCACCAUGUUGGCUAAAGAAGUUGAUCCAGAUGACAACUUUCUCCCUCCCUCGCAGCGGAAUAACUAUGCAUGCGAGAAGGACCCCACCGGCCCCCUCAACAGGAAGAAAUUAAUCGAACACAUAAACAAGCAAGCCUUAGAAACACCCGAUAGGCCGGAAGUCAAACCAUAUGUCCCCGGUGUUGUAAGGGGUAAAAAGUGGAUUCCACCACCGCCCCCCGAGAAAGUCCGUGAUGCUGAAGAGCAAAUCACUAUAGAUCUGGGUGAUGAAUAUGAACAGGCACUCAGCUCCGCCUCCCAGGAGGAGAUUAUUGAUCUUGCAGCUAUCUUGGGCUUCCACUCUAUGAUGAACCAAGACCAGUACCACGCCUCUCUACUGAACAAAGGUCAGCCGGUUGGGCUCGGCUGGGACGGUAUAACAAAAGCUUCUAAACCCAAGGUGUACCCAAUGGAUCCUCCCAACGACACAGACCCAGAUAAGACCAUCGACAGGGUCAAACAGAAUGAUCAGACGUUCCUCGAUCUCAAUUGGAAUAAUAUUAAGAAUAUAAGUGACGAGAAAUUCGAAAAACUAUUUGAGAGUCUCAAAACUAAUACGCAUUUGGAGGUGUUGUCGCUGGUGAAUGUCGGCCUCAACGACCGUACCGCCCAACUGUUGGCCGAUGCUUUGGAAGUCAACAGUACGCUGCGUGUGGUUAACGUGGAGACGAACUUUAUAAGCCCGGCGGGAGUGGUUCAGUUGGUGAAGGCUCUGCUCACUACCACCAGCGUUGAAGAGUUCCGCGCUUCGAACCAGCGGUCGCAAGUCCUGGGCAACAAGACGGAGAUGGAGAUCACGCGGCUGGUGGAGCAGAAUCCCACGCUGCUGCGGCUUGGGUUGCAUCUCGAGUACAGCGACGCUCGCCACCGGGUCGCUUCUCACCUGCAGAGGAACAUCGACAGAAAUUGCCGAUUACAAAAGCGGGCUAGCGUAUCGCUAAGCUUGCGCUUGCCGCGCGGGCGUCCGCCGCCGGUCGGAGUCGACUCUAGCUUCUUCAACCUAACGCCCCCUAGCGCUGAGACUCCAACGCCGACGAGCGAGCGAAGAAUUAACGAUAAACCUAUAAUGGAAACAGAUAAUGAGAACGGUUUCCCUAAUGCGAGGACGCCAGAUAUAGACCCCGCUACCCACUUUACGGAAAGACCUAACGCUGCGACUUCAGUUCAGAUUCUUUAACAACCUGCAAAAAGGGGCUCGUAGUCAGUAGAACUUAUAAAGUACGCCAACAACGCCGGAGCCAGAGCGGCGCUUAGAAUUCUAAACGACACAUGGUGGAAGGGUCCGGCGCGUGAGCCAGUUCACUCGCAGCCCCAGCUACGUUGUUGGCUGGAUCCAUUAGUCCAUCAAUAUUCUGUCACGCUCUUUGUCACUGUGUAGUAUUUAAACACUUGUCACACGACACGACACGAUGGGCCCUACUUAAGUGUCCUUUACACGAUAUGAAAUAAAUUACUAAAAGAAAUUAGUCAUAUGUCCUCGAUCGUGUCGUAUCGCGUCUUUCUAAUAUUACAAUGAAGUGCAGUAUUUAUGGCUUACAUUUAAAUUAUGCUUACUCUUUAGCAGGUAUAUUGCUUAUCGACUAGGUGCCUCGUUUUAAAUCGAUCUUAAAAAAUAAUUAUGAUACCGGCUCUUUAUAUUUGUCUCAUAUGAAGAUUACUAAACUGCUUUGAAUAUCAUUAAAGUAGUGUAAAGUAUUAACGAUGUCUAAGGAAAUGUAUGUUUAUGAAAUUAUAUAAUUAUCGUAUAGUUUUAAUUAUAUUUUGGGAAUAAAUUGCAUACUAACAAUCACAUAGAUGACUACACAUUUACGAAGAUACGUAUUGACAGAUAUCGUUGUAAACUCGAUGAGGAUUUUGUUAACAAGAAUUGUGGUUUUAUUUGAUGAAGUAACAUCGACACGACACAAGAUGGCGGGACCAUCGACACGACAAUGGCUUGACGGAUUAUAUUUUAAAUUUAUAUAAAACAAAUGUAUCAUCAAUUAUAUUAUUUGUAUUUAAAAUAAAAUCAUAAAUCUUGUCUAUGACUGUUUCGUACGUUUAAAUAAUUAAUUCUAAUUCUAGUGUGCUAAUGAAAUCGUAUAAUUUUUUUUUUAAUAAUUAUAUUGUAUUAUAUGUUAUAGACGUGCACAUUCCAUUAAUGCACAACAUGCUUCUCAAUCGAUUAUACCAUUUAUAUGAGUUUCAAUUACUUGCAAUAAAUACUUAUAUAAAUGGCAUACCAUCCAAUUAAUGAUUAACUCACAACACUUUUUAUCUUGAGGUCUAAAAUGGAAAUUGUGUUUUAAAUAUAUUUCAACGAAGUUGUAUAUCGUAUAAAAAGCUGACAACAUUUGCGAAGUCAUCAUGAAGGGUAAAAUUGUACUGCCAUAGAAUAAGAGAAGUAAUGUUUUGUAUAAAUGGAUAUUAGUUUAGCGUUUUCAAUAAGGCACAAGGUUUUCAUUGUGCUGGCCGACAUCAAACUGCGUUCGUUUGGUGGCUUUUGCUGCGACCUUCUGCUUUCUUGAAACUCAUUGCUUAUCGUUUUAACUGUAUACUUGAUAGUUUACUGGGGAUCUUCGUGUCCAUAACAUUGUGAUAAACGUCAUGUUUUUCCAUUAAAAAAACCGCUUUGUUUUUUUUUUUCUAUUCGUUUUUUUUUCUCGUCAACGUAAGGAUUAUCUGUAUAUGAAUUUAGAUUUUAAUGUAUUUUUCUUUUGUUGUAACGAGCUAUAAAAUUUUACAAUAAAGAAUAGUUUGUAAUUAUAGAUUUUAUAUAUGCCGAUGUUGUGAAUGGAACUUUUGGUCCAACGGAAACCUUGACUAUUAGAGUCGCAGUAUGUAGUUUGUGACAUAAAAAAAAUAAAUAAAGCACUUAAACAUAUACAAA